CCAGAGCCGCCGGCGCCGCGCCAUGGUGCUGCCGGAGGAGCAGGCCCGGCUGUUCCGGCCGCGGCCCGAGCUGCUGCCGGCGGCACACGUCCCCUCGCUGGCCCACUACCAGCGGCUCUACCAGCGCUCCGUGGAGGAGCCGCACGAGUUUUGGGGUGACAUCGCUAAAGAGUUUUACUGGAAGAGCCAGCACACGGGGCCCUUCCUGAAGUACAACUUCGAUGUGACGAAAGGGAAGAUCUUCAUUGAGUGGAUGAAAGGGGCGACCACCAACAUCUGCUACAACCUCCUGGACAGAAAUGUCAACGAGAAGAAACUCGGGGACAAAAUCGCUUUUUACUGGGAAGGGAACGAGCCGGGGGACUCUGUGAAAAUCACCUACAGGGAGCUGCUGCACAGAGUCUGUCAGUUUGCCAACGUCCUCCACAGCCAAGGUGUGAGAAAAGGUGACCGGGUUUCGAUUUACCUGCCCAUGAUCCUGGAGCUGGUUGUGGCCAUGCUUGCCUGUGCCAGGAUUGGAGCUCUGCACUCCAUUGUGUUUGCAGGUUUCUCAGCAGACUCUCUCUGCGAGCGCAUUCUCGACUGCGGUUGUUCUCUCCUCGUCACAGCAGAUGCCUUUUAUCGAGGGGACAAGCUUGUCAACUUGAAGCAGAUUGCAGAUGAAGCCCUCCAGAAAUGUAAAGCCAGGGGCUCCCCUUUGAAGAGGUGCAUUGUGGUGAAGCACCUGGGGAGGGAAGAGAUAGUGGAUGAGACGUGCAGCAAGUCCCCCCCUCCCAAAAGGCUGUGCCAGGAGGUACAGGAAAAAAAGACUGAGAGCUCACAGAAACUCCAUCCCAAGCCCCCCUGGGACCCAGCUGUGGAUGUGUGGUGGCACGAGCAGAUGAGCAGGGCCAGCACCGAGUGUGAGCCCGAGUGGUGCGACGCCGAGGACGGGCUCUUCAUCCUCUACACCAGCGGCUCCACCGGCAAGCCCAAGGGUGUGCUGCACACAGUGGGUGGCUACAUGCUCUAUGCUGCCACCUCCUUCAAGUAUGUGUUUGAUUACCAACCUGAGGAUGUGUACUGGUGCACAGCUGACAUUGGCUGGAUCACAGGCCAUUCCUACCUCACCUAUGGGCCCCUGGCCAACGGGGCCACCAGCGUGUUGUUUGAAGGUGUCCCCACAUACCCAGACGUGGGCAGAAUGUGGAGCAUCGUGGACAAGUACAAGGUGACCAAGUUCUACACAGCACCCACAGCCAUCCGGCUGCUGAUGAAGCACGGCGAGGAGCCUGUCCAAAAGCACAGCAGAAAGUCCCUGAAGGUGCUGGGCAGUGUUGGUGAGCCCAUCAACCCCGAGGCCUGGCUGUGGUACUACCGUGUGGUGGGGGAGGAGAGAUGUCCCAUCGUGGACACCUUCUGGCAGACAGAGACAGGUGGCCACAUGCUGACCCCCCUCCCUGCUGCCACCCCCAUGAAGCCUGGCUCUGCUACGUUGCCCUUCUUUGGAGUGGUCCCUGCCAUCCUCAACGAGUCGGGGGAAGAACUGGAAGGAGAAGCAGAAGGCUACCUGGUGUUCAAGCAGCCCUGGCCCGGGAUCAUGCGCUCGCUCUACGGGCAGCACCAGCACUUCGAGACCACCUACUUCAGGAAGUUCCCUGGCUACUACGUGACAGGAGAUGGCUGCAGGAGAGAUGAAGAUGGUUAUUACUGGAUCACGGGGCGCAUUGAUGACAUGCUCAAUGUUUCUGGGCACCUGCUGAGCACAGCAGAGGUGGAGUCAGCCCUGCUGGAGCACAGGGCUGUGGCUGAGGCUGCUGUGGUCAGCCACCCCCACGCCACCAAGGGCCAGUGUCUCUACUGCUUCGUCACCCUCAGGGACGGCCACGACUUCAGCAAGAGCCUGACAGAGGAGCUCAGAAAGCAAGUCAGAGACAAGAUCGGCCCCAUAGCGACACCCGAUUACAUCCAGUGUGCCCCCAGCCUGCCCAAAACCCGCUCAGGGAAGAUCACCAGGCGCAUCCUGAGGAAGAUUGCCACCAAUGACCAUGACCUGGGGGACAUCUCCACCUUGGCCAACCCAGGCAUCAUCAAACACCUUUUCAACAGCAGAUGUGACACUAAACAGUAGCAGCGUGGCCUGGCCCUGCUGAGCAGAACUGCUGCAGUGUCCUGGGGAGCAAGUUCCUUCAUCACCUCAGCCUGCCCUAGGAGGGAACCUUCCCCUGAUCCCCUCAGCCUGCCCUGGGAUGGAACCUUCCCCUGAUCCCCUCAGCCUGCCCUGGGAUGGAAACUUUCACCUCCUGAAGUGUUUGUGCAAAGGCUUUGGAUGAGGUUGGUGCUGGACAGGCCCUGUGCCAGGGGUUGCAGCCUGUGCCAGAGGGGCAUUGUCCAUCUGAGCUUCAGCCUCGUGCAGAGGGACUCCUCUUCCUCCUUCUCCCUUUUCAGCACCUCAUUCUUGAUUUUUCCUUUGGGUUGGUUUUUGGGGGGGUGUUAGGGCUGUGGAACUGAGGGGCCUUGGCAGCUUGUGCAGAGCAGGAAGGAGCUUU